CCAUGCUCUUUUCCCACUGCACAAGUAUAUGUUUUUAAGAGAGAGAGAGAGAGAGUUUGGUAGCUUUGCAAUCUAAGAAAGAGGAAGCAGAUCCAUCAUAGGCCCCCUGCAGAAGGGACAGAUCCUUCGCUUCUCCAUACUCCCAUCAAACUCGUCUAAAAUCUCCAAGAGUCCCCAUCCCAUCAAUUAACCUUCGCAUCUGAGAACUAUAUAAAGCCGACCACCAAGCCAACAUAGAAACAGAGCCACAUCCUUUCCCUUCCCUAGUGCGCCUUCAUGGAAUCCCAUCAAUGGAGAACUCAACAGCCGUCAGACCACCAGCAUGAGCACUCUGCAAAAAUCCCAAAGCUCCGGCUUGCGGAUCAGCAGCAGCCACCAGCUUCUGCUCUACCUUUGUUUGCAGCUGAACGCAAGACCACCACCCACACCUCUCCCCUGUUUUCAUACCCAAACUUAUCACCCACUGGUGUCCCUAGGGUUGGAGGAUACUUCAGCCUGGCACAGUGGCAGGAGCUGGAGCUGCAGGCAUUGAUCUAUAAAUAUAUGAUAUCUGGGGCCUCUGUUCCUGUGGAGCUCAUUCUACCUAUUAAGAGGAGUCUUCUCAAUGCAACCCCCUAUUACCACCACCUUCAUCAGUAUCAGCAUUUCCAGCAACCCUUGCUGCAGACCGGGUACUGGGGAAGGUGUGUUGUCGACCCCGAACCUGGGAGAUGCAGGAGAACAGACGGGAAGAAGUGGAGGUGCUCGAGAGAGGUGGUGACGGGCCAAAAGUACUGCGAGCGCCAUGUGCACCGAGGCCGUAACCGUUCAAGAAAGCAUGUGGAAAUCCCCACAGCCACUGCCACUAAUGGUUUAAAGACCACCCUCCCUUUGCCUUCAGGAAAGACCACAGAGAGCCAUUUCAGUUUAUCUGAUUCAUCCGCUACACUUGACAUCCUUCCUCUUAUCCAGAGCCAACAGUAUUGUUUGCUUCUGAUAUUGUUUUGUAGACCGCCAGAUGGUAAAACAGUCCAAGGGAGCCUCCUAGAGAGUUAUUAUGGCAGCUACUCCUCCCCAGAGUUCCAUGAUGACAAACCAGACGGCCAUGUUCUUCGUAGGUUUUUCGAUGACUGGCCGAGAUCACAGCAAGAGCCCAAUACCAACACCUCGAUCAAUGCUAGAUCUGCAGCUUCCACCGCUCAACUCUCGAUCUCCGUUCCUGGAAAUUUAUCAUCAGAUUUCUCCCUGAAACUGUCCACCGGAAAUGGUGACAAACCAGGACCGAGCAGCAACAGAGACAAUGGAGAUGGGCGGGUGCACCCACCUCUGCCGAAUUGGUCAUCAUGGGGGAACCAUGGGGAGGCAUCAAUGGGUGGUCCACUGGCUGAAGCGCUCCGUUCGUCAACCUCAACUCCUUCACCAACUAGCGUCCUGCAAAGGCCUAAUGGAUCGAUAUCAGAGACAAGUAGCAUUAGCACUUGAGUGGCCGUAAACCUUGUAUCAGAAAUCAUGGCUGUGUAGUUCUUGGUUUGCUUGUAAGACAAGGUCUUAAUUUCUUGUUUUGAUGGUGGUGAUUUGCAUGGAUGAGAUUUGUUGUCGAGUGGGUCUUGGGUUAGUGGACGGGAACUCUGUGGGUAGUGUAUGUUUACUGUACUAUGGAACCUUCGUUUAAUUUGUUUAGUUUGUGUUUUUAAACUUUGGAGGCAAGCUGGUGGGUUAUCAUUUAGUUU